GGUCAGCGCGAGGCGGAGUCUGCGGCGAGAGACCCAGCAGCGGCACACACUUAAAUUACGUGCCCGGCGCCAGCAGCAGCAGCAGCUCCGGCACGGAGGCACCGCAGCGCACCCGCCCCAGACACCUCUGCUGCUGCUCGCCAUGGGAUCCGCCGCCGAGCACCCGGGCAGGGCCCCGGGCCUCGUGUCCAGCCUGCUGAACGACACCCUCGAGUUCUACCGCUGGAGCUGGAGCAUCCGAGACAAACGUGUUGAUGACUGGUUCUUGAUGCAAUCUCCACUUCCAACACUGACUAUAAGCACUCUUUACCUCCUCACUGUCUGGCUGGGUCCCAAGUGGAUGAGGAGAAGAGAACCCUUCCAGUUGCGCUUCUUGCUGGUUAGCUACAACUUUGGAAUGGUUCUACUUAACUUCUAUAUUUUCAAAGAGCUAUUUUUGGCAUCCAGAGCUCGAGGAUACAGCUAUAUCUGCCAGACUGUGGAUUAUUCAGAUAAUAUUUAUGAAGUCAGGAUAGCUGGUGCUUUAUGGUGGUACUAUGUCUCAAAAGGAAUUGAGUACUUGGACACAAUAUUUUUCAUCCUGAGGAAGAAAUUUAACCAAAUCAGUUUCCUUCAUGUCUAUCACCAUUUCACUAUGUUCACCUUGUGGUGGAUUGGUAUCAAGUGGGUUCCAGGAGGACAAGCUUUUUUUGGAGCCCAAAUCAAUUCUUUUAUUCAUGUUGUUAUGUACAUGUACUACGGAUUAGCUGCCUGUGGCCCUAAAUUUCAGAAAUAUCUGUGGUGGAAACGAUACUUGACCAUAUUACAAUUGAUUCAGUUCCACGUGACUCUUGGCCACACAGCCAUGUCUAUUUAUAUUGACUGUCCCUUCCCUAAAUGGAUGCACUGGGGUGUAAUGAUCUAUGCUGUCACCUUUAUUUUCUUGUUUGGUAACUUCUACUAUCGGACAUAUAAAAUGCCCAAGGAACCCAUUAAGAAUGGCAAAAUAGUGAAUGGUGCUGUUGCAAACGGUGUAAACAAACUAGAAAACAAUCUAGUGGUGGAAAAUGGAAAAAAGCAGAAAAAGGGAAAAGCAAAAGGAGAGUAACUUAUCCAGGCCUUAACCAUUGCUGGCAGUGGGGAACCUCCAGUUUGGUUUAAAAAGAAAAAGAUAAAAAAAAGAAACAUAAUGUACCAAUUAACCCUUAGGUUACCGAAGAGCUAGAACACAGAUAUUUUCAUUAUUUAUGAAGAUUGUUUUAACAAAAAUACUUCAAGUUAAAUUUCUGUUAUAAUUAUGUAAUUAUCAAGCAUUUGAUGAUCUCUGUGUAAACUUUUAGACCACGGAUGCUGGUGAAUGUAAGAAAGAAUUGCAGUAAAUAACAUGUUUUAGGAGUCCAAAGGUUAAUAUUACCAAUGAUCCAGAGAUUUGUUGAAGCCCACAUUUCUAUGUGGAAAAAGGCAGCUUUUGAAUAUUUCUGUUUCUGCCAGAAAUUUAUUAAAUUCCAAAUUAUGAUGUAUGUUUUUAUCUGAAAAUACAAGCUCUCAUUAUUAAUUAGAGAUAUCUCAAGACACAGUUAUGUUCACAGUUAUGAACAGAGUCUGUUGACUUAUCAGACUCCUUUUGUUUUGAUUUAGUGUCUGCUACAAUUUUUCUUCGAUUGUGGAAAUAUACCUACCUCUUAAUCUGUUGAAAAGAACAUUUAACAUUAAAUAACUUUAAUUUCUGAAAUAUGCAGUCUUCUAAUAUAAAUGUCAGUUAAUGCUAAUUGGAGAAAGAAAUUGCUUUCCUGAAAAAAUACAUUUUCACCUGUUUUGUAGAAUUAUCAUCUGUCUCUUUCAAUGCAAGCUUGGAAUGGUAUUUUGGAUGUGAUUCAAUGGGGAGAAAACUUUAAAAAAAUAUAUUUAUAUGAAACAAAGUACAUCUCAUAGCCUAAGAUAAUCCAUCUGAUGUAAGGUUAUUCUGCCUUGUCCCCCACCUGCAUUAAACCCAUGGUGCUAACUCUUAUAACACUCAAAAUGAUUGUAUGGUGUUAAGGUGAGGGGGAACAUACUUAGAACUUAAUCCUUCUUUUGCAAAUGCUACAUGCAUUCGAUGCCAGUCAUGUUUAAAUAGAAAACAGGCACACUUCAUCAGGAGAGAGAAUCUGCAGUUAAAGUAUGUCUUUACAGCAAAUACAUUGUGGGUAUAUUCUGGAAAUAUCUACCCAUAAGUUGGUCUUGCAUCUUAGUAUUUUGAUUAUUGUAGACUACACAUCUGGUAUUGUUUGCAGGCCACUGCCUAAUGCAAAUGAUAGAGGUAGAUGGGCUGGCAUUCCUCCAAUAUUGCUGGCUCUUGUCAGUCUAAGUUCUGGGGUUGCUCUGCCUAUCAUUCCUUAGUCAAAACAGUUAUAAGAAGACAAAGUCUUUUUAUAUAGCACUUCACAAAGAUUAAUUUUUCCUUCUGUAAGGAAAGCAUGGCAGUAUUUCUUAUUCCUUUUCUGUUUAGCUGGAUACUGAGGCAUGGAGAAUUGUCACUUGUUCCAGCUCACAAUGAAUAUGAUGCAGAACUGGGACUAGAACAUAGGUCUAUUAACUCCUAGUUCUCUGUAUAGACCCCAAGAGCUGUCCUGCUGGUUCCCAGAUACAUUUCUGACAUUUGUGGUUAAAAACAGGUGUAUCACUAGUCAGCUCUCUUACCAUUUUUAAAGUAAAGAAUUUAUAAGAAGUUCUGUCUGUAGAAGUUAAAAUAUCCAACACAAUUUAAAAUUUUCAACUGUUAUCCAUCCACCCUAUAAUAAACAAUAGGCAAACAAAACCAACACCUUUUCUGUUACUAUGUUUCUAUCCUUCCCCAUUUUACCGAAACCUCUCUCUGUAUCCAAAUAUCAAAUACCAAGAUAGGAAUGCAAGGAAGAGAACUUGAGGACAUAGCCUGUAGUACUGGAAAUAGGUUAAAUUGGAAGUCAGUUCUUCAGUAGUAAGCCCUCUUCCUGCCCCCAAGCAGAAUACAUGACAGCGUACUGGAUGGCUAGAGGAUUGAAGUUUUAUUGCACUGGAACUGCAUUAAUUAUCCUAUUAGCUUAGUCUUGAUGCUUUCCAAAAAAACUCUGGAUUUGUACAAUGUAUAUUUCUGUGUAACAAUAGUCAUAAAGCAUGUGGGAGGGGAAAGGGGUCGAGGUCUUUCUCAAACAAAUCUGCAUGUUUUCUCCCUACUUCUAGUAAACUAGCAUUUUGGCUUGGAUGUUUUUAUUUCCUUUCUUUUUAAGCCAAAUUAAAUAAAGUGAUGCAUACAUGUAACAUCUUCUGGCUCCUAAAGAGCCUUUUGCUA